AAACAUUUCUGAAGAAUAGGAGGAGUUUAGGAUAACAGUACACUGACAAAAUGAAAGUGUUUAGUCGCAGAGAGAGAGAGAGACUGCACUGCUAAAGGACAGGAGAUUAAUCACACAGAGGUGCUUUAUUAAAGAUGGCCAGCGCUUCGAUCCCGCUCACUAAUGUGGGAAGUGGCUACACCAUCGUCACUGACGUUCUUCCAUCAUCAACAGCCCCGACUACAGCCGGACAAAAUCCCUGUCAGACAAUCAGCCCACUGCAGAAAUUCCUGAAAGGAGAACCGAAAGCUCUGGGAACUGUCCAAAUAAUGGUCGGUGUGUUGAUGAUCUUGUUUGGUAUCGUGCUCGCGAUCUCUCCUCCCAGCAUCAGCGUGUUCUCUGGAGUCGUGUUCUGGGUUGGCUCACUGUUGCACAUCAGCGCUGGUUCUCUGGCUGUUGCAGCAAACAACAAACUGAAUCACUGUGUGGUGAAAGCCACGAUGGUGGUCAAUAUUUUGAGCACGAUAGCUGCAGGAAUUGCCAUCAUCAUACUUUCCAUAACUUUGGUGAUUUUAUCAAUGUUCAGAUCCUGCUACUAUGGAGAGGAUGAUUGCAGGAAUUGGUAUCUUGCAAUGAGCUAUAGCCAUGGAAUCACCGGCGUUCUGCUGGUUUUCUCUGUGCUCCAGUUUGCCGUCUCUAUUGCAGUUUCAGCUUUCACCUGCAAAGCCGUCUGCUCCAGUGAACCAACCCUGAGCAUCGUCAAUGUGGUUCAGAACCCUGAGAUGUAUGUUCCUGUGGUCAAUUCCUAUCCAGCACAACAACCUCAGCCGGGGGUCAGUACAAUGAACGCUGUCGCCAUGAGCAGUGCACCCAUGGAAAGUCCUCCAGCGUACUGUGAGAAAGGCCACCCAGAUGACUGAGGAUAAUUUGAAAUAAGAAAUGAUUCUUAACACUGUUACUUCACGCAUGAUGGAAAACACAACCACGCUCUGUAGCGCUUACACAACACGACUUCCUGUAACCGCUAAACACACUUUCAACAUUCAUUUAUUUUAUACGGAUAUCGAUUUGUUUGUUUGUUUGUUUGCUUCCUGAAGACUUUGCUUCUUUAAGAUUUGCUCCAGUCCUUCUGAACACAUAUUUUCUGGGAAACUUAAUUGUUUUCCUGGAAAAACAAAAACAAAUAAAGAAAUGUAUACCACAGCGCUGUUGAAUUCUGGAUCCUGAUUGAUCAGAACAAAGGUGUUGAUUAAUUUUCUAUAACAGUACCGCUGACUGUAGUGCAGCUGCAAAUUAUGGAUUUAUACAUGGAGCUCCCGAUGAGUGAAAAAUGUGUUCGUAAAUACUAUUCGAACUGAAUUAUGACAACAUUCAUUAUUCUUCUGAUUCUUAAUGUUUUGAGCAGGAAGUUUUCUUUUUCAGCAGAGACAGCUGGCAAACAGCUCUCAUCUCAUCCUCUCAUCCAUGCCAUCGUUUUAAAGGGUCCCUCAGAGAAAAAUAAACAAACAUCGGCUAGAAACAUUACACAUUUUGUACAAAUGUAUUGUGAUUCCCCAGUACUGUCGCACUGUAUCACAUAAAGCAGGGCUUUAAAAUGCUUUUGUACUCCCGUUCACUUAAGUUCCACUUCAGGGCGUCGCCGUAUUGCCAUUUUGUGGGCGGUGUUAAAGGUCAGCAAGACGUACAAUUAUUGAUAGGUUUCCUGCAUCCUGAUUGGCUCGCUGUUCCUGACACUGCGAUGUCAUCGGAUGAACAAAACAUUGUUGAAAACAUGGCAGAAUGCAAAGCCUGUGGUUGCAAAAAUAAUAAACAUGAUAAUAAGGCAAAGCAUUUUUUCUGUGUUUUAUUGUCAACAACCAAACAACAUAAACGACUUGCUAAACAGCAAACAGCAGCUACACAACUUGGGAACGGGUCACACUUUAGAAACGCUGGCUUUUGAUAGAAAUUCUGCUGUUUGCGAGGACCAAUUUGAGCCCGAUUGCUUUGAAAGGAAUCUCCAGGUCGAGCUCUUGGGUCACACAGGUCGCGUUCAACUCAAACCCAGUACUGUGCCAACAAUAUUCCAACACCGUCCAUAGAAAAGGGAUUCAGGCCAUGCUAGCUGAUUAGCAAGAACAGUACAGACAUUCAAAUCUAAUAUAUAUUUCGGCACUGCAUUAACAGAGAGCUCCCAAUGAGCGUAAAAUGUGUUCAUAAAUAAUCCCACGUUAUUUUUUUAAAGCAAAUUAAAACAAGCACUGAAUAAAAAAAAUCUUGUGGAAAUAAAGAUACAAAUUUCAUUGUCUGGUGGUCAAGUGUUUAUGAGAUGUUGCCUUAUGAUUGGGUUCCCUUUGGUGCUACAUGUACGUCGUUUGUACAGACAUCGUACUGUCGCAAAAGCCAUCAAAGAUCAGGUCAACCAUAUUAUCUUACAUAUGUAGCUUCACACGUGAGGAGCUCCGCUAUUAAUGCACUCACUUUAAUAGGUUAUCGUUUCCAUGGUAACAGCUCGUUCACAGGGAUUUUUCCAGUAGAUGCGCCAUAUUUAAAACAAACAAACAAACAAACAAACAAACAAACAAAAAAACCUGUGUAAUUGUUGAUAUGGUGAAUUUUUCUGGUAAAGGUGAUGUUUAAUAAACAUUCAUGGAA